AUGUCAAAACGUGACAUCGUCCUCACCAAUGUCACUGUUGUCCAACUACUGAGGCAGUCAUGUCCAGCUCACCACCCCCUUUCUGGACCCUCUCUGCUCCCCACAGUGAUUAGAUCGCCACCCCCACCAUGUCCACCUGAGCCCAAAAUUGAGGAGCUGCCACCUAAGGUCGAGAAUCCGCCACCUAAGGUCGAGAACCCGCCGCCACCGCCACCGCCACCUCGACCAGAGCCAGUCAAAGAAGCGCCACCUCCCAUUCCUCCACCGCCCAAAAAGCCAAUGAAGGAACUAACAGUGGGCAUCAAUGGAUUUGGACGCAUUGGUCGUCUGGUGUUGCGAGUCUGCAUGGAGAAGGGCAUUAAGGUGGUGGCAGUGAACGAUCCAUUCAUUGACCCAGAAUACAUGGUAUACAUGUUCAAAUAUGACUCCGUGCAUGGGAGAUACAAAGGGAGUGUGGAGGAAAAGGAUGGAAGACUAGUUGUGGAUAACCUUGAGAUUCAAGUGUACCAGUGCAAAGAUCCGAAGGACAUCCCUUGGAGCUCCGUAGGUUGUCCCUAUGUGGUGGAGUCUACAGGCGUAUACCUGACCACGGAGGCAGCUUCGGCACACAUCUCAGGCGGUGCCCAGCGUGUGGUGGUCACUGCGCCCUCCCCUGAUGCGCCCAUGUUGGUCAUGGGUGUGAAUGAGAAGGACUAUAACCCAGGCACUAUGAACAUUGUCAGCAAUGCGUCCUGUACCACCAACUGCCUGGCCCCCCUCGCAAAAGUUAUUCAUGAACGCUUUGGGAUCGUGGAAGGGCUAAUGACCACAGUGCAUUCCUACACGGCCACUCAGAAGACAGUGGACGGACCAUCAAAGAAGGAUUGGAGAGGUGGCCGCGGUGCUCACCAGAACAUCAUCCCAUCCUCCACUGGGGCUGCCAGUGCUGUAGGCAAAGUCAUCCCAGAGCUCAAAGGGAAGUUAACGGGAAUGGCAUUCCGGGUGCCAACCCCAAACGUAUCUGUUGUGGACCUGACCUGCCGCCUGGCCCAGCCUGCCUCCUACACAGCUAUCAAGGAGGCUGUAAAAGCGGCGGCCAAAGGGCCUUUGGCUGGCAUCCUUGCUUACACAGAGGACCAGGUGGUCUCCACGGACUUUAUUGGCGAUCCUCAUUCGUCCAUCUUCGAUGCUAGGGCAGGCAUUGCCCUCAAUGACAACUUCGUUAAGCUCGUUUCCUGGUACGACAACGAAUAUGGCUACAGUAACCGGGUGGUCGACCUCCUCCGCUACAUGUUUAGCCUGGAGAAGUAACCCGGAAGGCCCCUCCUUGCAUCUCCGUGCACCUCACGUUCUCCCCUUGG